ACUGGUCUCCAACUCAGAGCGUUGUCAGUGGGGCUCAAGCAAGGAAACCAAGGGGACUGGGGCGAGCAGUGCAAUAAUCCGGUUCUUCAGACAGAGUAGAAGUGAGAUGGCGUUAUGAAUGUUUUCUUUCGUUACCACUUCAUCAAGUCAGUUGGUUUAACAUCAUACAACAUUCCAGUUUCUUGGAACUUUUGAGAGUUUCAACGUUUUCCAAUGAAUUGUACCAGGGUUCUCCACAUACUGAACCCCAGACCCCUCUCAGGCCCCAUCAUGCCAGUGGACAUGGCCAUGCGGUUCUGUCUGUCCCACUCCCCGCCCGUCCGCAGCUUUCUGAGCUCCUACGAGGACUGCCACUCCCUCUCCAAUGCACCCCACGCCACCCUGCGACCCUGCAUUAACACCCGAGGAGGGGCAGCGGCUGCCAGCGACCCCUCUGGAAGCCCCCGCCAGAGCAGGGGCAGCCCCACCACCAGGCCCAGGACCAUGCCCAAGAAGAGGGUGGUGUUUGCAGACUCCAAAGGCAUGUCCCUCACAGCCAUCCACAUUUUCAAAGAGUUUGAGGAGGACCCUCUGGCUGAGCUGCAGUUUGACCUAGCAGACCUGGAGAAAGCCACCGCUGGCCUGAAGAUCUCCAUGGAGCGCAGCCUGGUGUUGGACUUCGCCCAGCCUGCCGCGGACUACCUGGAUUUCCGGAGCCGGCUAAAGAAGAACCAGGUCUGUUUGGAGAACUGCACUGUCCAGGACCGCACGCUUACCGGCACCGUCAAGGUCUGCAACGUCAGCUUCGAGAAGUCUGUCUCCGUCCGGAUCACGCAGGACUCGUGGGCGACCUUCCAGGACGUGGAGUGCAGCUACAUGAACAACGUGUACGGUGGGCCAGACACCGACACCUUUGCCUUCUCGGCGGAGCUGCCAGCCGCCCCGGCAGCACAGCAGUGUGUGGAGUUCUGUGUGCGGUACCACACCCCGGAGCAGACCUACUGGGACAACAACGACGGGAACAACUACCGCUUGGUGGCGUCGGAUGGAGACGGAGAGCAGGCCAGCGGAGGGCUCUGCUCCGGCCUUGCCUCCUCUGCCGCCAUCCCCACCCCGUCAUCGCAAGAGUUCAAGCGGGACAUCAAGCAGCCGGAGAUGGAGUUUGAUCAGUUUGGAUCGCCCAGGACGUCCAGCGGCUUCUUCCCAGAGUGGCAGAGCUGGGGCCGGAUCGAGAACACCACCAUCUACUGGUGAGGAGGCCUGGCCGCAGGCGUCCUUUACAUAACCACCUCACCCUGCAGCAUCAUCGACUCGAGGAAGAGAGGGGGUGUUGUUUGAGUGCUAAGCCCUCAAUACCCUUGCGUUACCCUUACCACCACCCUUCCUAAGGAUAAAGUGAUGAUACAAACAGCCAAGUUCAAGAAAACCAAGACCUCCGACUCAAGGACACUCCGAGUUGAUUCCUAUUCACUCGGGGACCCCAGUAACAGAGAUCAACAUGUUGUUCAUUUUUUUUUCUUCACUCUUUGUAAAGAAAAAAGGAAUGGAUAAGAAGAAUGGGCCUGUCUGUUCAUGUUGAAGGUGAACAGAACAGUAUGUGUAUGUUAAUAUGCUGAGAGAUCUUCAACAGUGGUUAGAUCCUCCAACUAUCCCUGCCUCGCAGUUACCCUGCCGUCACUUUGAGCUGAAAACCACAACCACAGCAGUGGCAAACAAAAUGGUUGUGACACAAACUGUUGUAACUAAAAGAGAUUAUUAGGGCAUUGGGAGUUUUAGAAAUGUCAAGACGGUGGGCUUUAGGCUUUAAUCGUUUUCCUAAAUUUAUGUGCGUGUACUAAAUCAUUUUUAUAGACUUAACAUGAAUCACAAGUCUUUAUAAUAUAGCCUAGAUGCCUUCCUUUGUAAUCUGAUAUUGAUUGUCAGUUAAGCUGUAUGUAAUAUGCUGGCAUUACUGCUACACCUGAGCACAAAAAGCUAGUUUUGGGGAGGCCAGCUCUACACAUGGGAGUUUGCACUUAAGUCAAUCUUUUUCAAGGGUGUUUGUUCAAGGAGGUUUAAUCAUGUUUUGUAUGUGGAAACUGUCUGGCAGAUUUCCAUCACUAAUUUGAACGUGCCGUUUGUGCCACAAGGACAGUUGUUUUACUGGCCACAGUCAGUGUGUGGGCAUGUAGUGUAUGUAAUGUAGCCCUGUCAUGGGUGGCAGUCAGAGCAGGUGGCUUUGCACUGACAGUGAAUGAUGGAAACCCUUGAUAUGUGAGAGAAUGAAUGGAGACUAAUGUAAUGGAUGGGUUCUCGUGGUACAAGAAGAGGGAGGUGCUUCAUAUUGAAGUUGGCACAGCAAGUUGUACCAGUUUUCAGGAGUUCCAACAGAGAUUUAGGUGAAAUCGCUUGAUGGCAAAGCUAUCCCAGUCACCAAAUUAGAGUUUGUUUGGUGUGAAACUGAAAAGCUCAUGUUUUCUUAUGUCAGCCAUAAUUCUGUUAAGCCUUCUUUACGUGCAAGCUUGCACUCCCUUACCUUCCUGUCUAUGUUGCUGCUGGAACAUGUCCGUGUGUGUGUGUGUGUGUGUGUGUGUGUGUGUGUGUACAUGUAUAAGUAUGCAUCUAGACUAUAAGCUGCUUGUCUGCAGUCACAUUCAUGGACUCAAGGAAGGCAGAGCUCUUCCCUGUGUGAAACACUGAAAUCUGUAGAUAGAUGGGGGGGGGGGGAGGGGGGAGGGGUUUGAGGGAGGAAGACAGUGUGGGAGGUGACAGAGACAUUAAGUAUGAGGGGAGGGAGGAAGACAAUGUAAUGGGGGGAUAGUGAGUAGAUGG